AUCAUCAGUGCAGCACUCACAGGCCUACCAUGGCUGUGCCUGCAACCCCAGAGCCCUACCUGCAGCAUAGCAUCCCAGUGAUCCUGCUCCUCCUGACAGCUCCUGCCACCAUCUGCAUCUGCCGCCACCCACAUCCCCUUGAUGCCACCUUCCCCUGGGACAGCCUCCAGCUCCUCCAGACCAUGGCUCCCAGCCUGACACAGCCCUGCCAACUCCAGCAGGUGCCCACCCUUCCCAGCGCCCUUCUCCACAACAGCCACCCACAGCAAGCCCUCACCAUCGCCCUCCGCAUCCUCCAGCACCUCUUCGCCAUCUUCAGCAGUCCCAGCAGCCCCCAACACUGGGACACCCGGGCACGGGAUGAGCUCCUCAACAACCUUCACCAUCACAUCCACCACCUGGAGCAGUGUCUACCAUCCAAUGGUAUACUCUCCAAAAGGAAAACACCUCGCAACCUGCGGCUCAGCAUCGACAAGUACUUCAGAAGCAUCCAGGAAUUCCUUCACACCCAAAACCACAGCACCUGCGCAUGGGACCACAUCCGCCUUCAAGCUCGUGCCUGCUUCCAGCACAUGGACAGACUCAUACGGCAAAUGAAGAGCCAAGAUGCCCUUCACCAAACUGACCCACAUCAAACAUCCACUGCCCACCAACACCAGCGCUCACAAAGCAUGUGGCAGCAGCAGCAGCCUCAUCUGGGAUUGCUCAGCAUCACUCACACCUCCUCCACCCAGGAGGUCCUGUCAAUAGAAAAACGGACAUGA